AAUGUUAUGUCUGUCAGUUUGUCUAUUUUUCCGAGUAACUGAAGUGCUUUAUCGACUUACCGUUAUUAAGAUUGCGCGGGAGAAUUUACCACGUCAACUGUCUAAAUUCAUAAAGAAAGUAUAUUCUGUAAUAUAAACCUGCAAACUGCACAGUGCAAAUAGUAAGCUGGCUGACGAAGCGGUGGUUGGCAGAACGAGUAACGCCAUCAAGUCAUUACAAGUCCCUCCAAAACAUCAAAAUUUAAGGUUACAGUAGCUAUCAAAAGAGCUCUCUGUGUAAACACGACAGUGUGAAUUUGCGUGAUCGCAUGACUUAUCCGGAGAUGUAAACAAAAUAUUUUAUGCUAAGCAUUUGAAAACAAGAAAGCAUUUUAGAAUUUUGCGAAACAUCUUCAUCAAGGGUGACCAAACUGUCAAUCAAGAUGAUGCAUCGGAGAAACGGCGGAAAACGCAUCCGGAUGGACGAUCCAGUUCCUCCGGAGUACGAGACUUCCAUUCUCAAUGAUGCCUACGGCGAUGAUCCGAAUAAUGCAGGCGAAAAUGAUUUGUUGAAUAAUCCGAACAUGCGGAUAACCCGGAAUACAAGAGCGCGGCUAAGAGGUGGCGUCGUUCAACAGCCUAAGUACCGCGAAAUUGACGAAGAUACAAUUCCCUCGGCACCUUCGCAUCACGGUACAAAAAGUCGACGAGGUGGAGGCGGCGGUCGGGGUAGACGUGCUGCUGCUCACGUUCAACAGCAACAACAACAGCAGCAGCAGCCACAGCAGCAGCAGCCACAACAAACACAUCAUCUUGAAGAUGAAGCUAGUUUGUAUUUCGAAGUUCGUAAUAGUAAGGGUUCAUUGACUGGCAUAGUCGAUGAAUGGAUUGAAAAAUAUAAAACUAACAAAGAAAAUGCUCUUCUUAUGUUGAUGCAAUUCUUUAUCAGCGCAAGUGGCUGUAAAGGGAUAAUUACCCCUGAAAUGCAAACCUUAGAACACGUUCACAUAAUUCGUAGAAUGACUGAGGAAUUUGAAGAAGAAAGCGGCGAAUAUCCUCUUAUAAUGAGCGGUCAACAGUAUAAAAAGUUUAGAACAAAUUUCUCCGAAUUUGUUCAAAUCUUGGUUCGCCAAUGUCAGUAUUCUAUCAUAUACGAACAGUUUCUCAUGGAUAACAUUAUUUCGCUUUUGACUGGAUUAUCAGAUUCUCAAGUCAGAGCUUUUAGACAUACAGCAACAUUGGCUGCCAUGAAAUUGAUGACUUCUCUUGUUGAUGUGGCUUUGACAGUAUCAAUCAAUCUUGAUAAUACACAAAGACAGUAUGAGGCUGAAAGAUUAAAAACAAGAGAAAAGCAAGCUGCUGGUAGAUUAGAAUCACUUCUCGCUAAAAGAAAAGAGCUUGAAGAAAAUAUGGAAGAAAUAAAAAAUAUGCUUACAUACAUGUUUAAAUCAGUGUUUGUCCACAGAUACAGAGAUACUUUACCUGAAAUUAGAGCCAUUUGUUUGGCAGAAAUUGGUGUUUGGAUGAAGAAAUUUCAUCAACAAUUUUUAGAUGACUCAUAUCUUAAAUAUAUUGGUUGGACAUUGCAUGAUAAAGUAGGCGAAGUUCGUUUGAAAUGCCUACAAGCCUUACAACCACUGUAUGCAUCAGAAGAGCUUAAAACUAAACUUGAACUUUUCACAAGCAAAUUUAAAGAUCGUAUUGUUGCUAUGACUCUUGAUAAAGAGUAUGAUGUUGCUGUACAAGCAGUUAAACUUGUUAUUUCAAUUUACAAGUAUCAUCGUGAAAUUCUUACUGAUAAAGAUUGUGAACAUGUUUAUGAACUGGUUUAUUCUUCUCACAGAGCUGUUGCUCAAGCUGCUGGUGAAUUUGUCAACGAACGCUUCUUUACUUCUAAUGAAGAAACUGAAGAAGUGAAAACAAAAAGAGGAAAGAAGCGUUUACCAAAUACUCCAUUUAUUCGAGAUUUGGUUCUUUUUUUCAUUGAAUCUGAACUGCAUGAACAUGGAGCUUAUCUUGUGGAUUCUUUAAUAGAAACUAAUAAUAUGAUGAAGGAUUGGGAAUGUAUGACUGACCUACUGCUUGAAGAACCUGGUGAUACGGAAGAGGCUUUAGAUAAUCAACAGGAAACAUCACUAAUUGAAAUUAUGGUAUGUUGCAUAAAACAAUCAGCUACUGGUGAAGCUCCUGUUGGAAGGGGACCAACGAGAAAAAUUUUAUCAGCUAAAGAGACUAAACAAGUGCAAGAGGAUAAGCAAAGAUUAACUGAACAUUUUAUUAAAGUUUUACCAAUGUUAUUAGAGAAAUAUCGAGCUGAUCCUGAUAAGUUAGCUAAUUUACUCUCUAUACCUCAAUACUUUGAACUUGAUAUUUACACCAAAUCACGACAAGAACAAAAUCUUGAUUACCUUUUGAAAAAAAUACAUGACAUAGUUGAUCGUUCACACAAUACCGAAGUUUUGGAUACAGCCGCAAAAACAUUAGAAUACAUGUGUGUACCUGGAUCAGCAAUAUUCCGCCGUUGCGAUGUAGCUCGAUCUACUUUAAUUGAUGCAAUUGUUAUCAAAUACAGGGAAGCAAUUACCAAUUUUCGCUACAUCGUUGAUGGUGGUGAUCAACCGAGCGAUGACGACUUAUUUAAUAUAACAGAGACACUUAAAAAAGUCGCUAUAUUUUACAGUUGUCAUGACAUGAAUAGCUGCGAAAUUUGGGACUCCCUUUUCAGAGAUAUAAAAGAGUCCAGGGGUAGAUUACCAGAUGAAGCUAUGAAGUACUGCAUAAGCGCAUGUUUUUUCUCUAUACUCUGGUCUCAGAACCAUCUGAUUGAAAAUGCUGAAUCAGAUAAUCGCAGUGAAGAAAAGUGUUCUAUUCUUAAAAGUAGACUUCAUGAAUUCAUCAAUCACAUGAGUUAUUUUAUUGAUAACUCAGAAGAUGAUGUAUCCAUUAUCAUCCGUGAAGAAGCAUAUAACACCAUUUGUGAUUUGCUUGUGAUAUUUUGCAACCAAUUAAUGAGUCACAAAAACCCACUUAUUCAUCAACUUAUAUAUGAUCCAGAUCAAAAUAUGCAAGAAAUGUUGAACCGUUUCAUACAGCAAUGUGUUUUUGCCGAAGCUGAAGAAGAUGAUCACGAUGAGCACUCAAAGAUUGAAGAAUUACAUAAAAAACGUAAUUUCCUUGCAGCCUAUUGUAAACUUAUUGUUUACAAUAUGAUUCCAACAAAAGCUGCUGCUGAUGUUUUUAAACACCAUGUAAAAUAUUAUAAUGAUUAUGGAGACAUAAUUAAAACUACAAUUGGUAAAGCUCGAGACAUUAAUAAAGUUAAUUGUGCUCUGACCAUGCAACAAAGUUUGAAUAUAUUAUAUAAUGAGAUUGCUGAAAAAGAAGAAAAAGUUGUGCGUAAUAGCGAAGAGUUUACUGCUAUUAAGGAGCUUGCAAAAAGAUUUGCUUUAUCAUUUGGUCUGGAUGCUGUAAAGAAUCGAGAAGCCAUAACUGCUCUUCACAGACAAGGAAUUCUUUUUGCUGUCACUACACCAGAUGGAAUUGAAAUUGAUCCCACUGGUCCUCCUCCUAAUUUAUCAUUUUUGGAAAUUGUUAGUGAAUUUACAAAUAAGUUAUUAAAGCAAGAUAAACGACUCGUUUUAAAUUUUCUGGACAAGCAUUUACAAGCUGGUAUGCCAUCAUCAAGAGGUGAAGACUGGCAGCCUUUACUUUUAUACAGAAACAGUUUAUUACAUGGGGAUACUGAUACAGUACCAGUGACAAGCAAAAGAGCUUAUACUAGAAGAAGAAAAGAUCAAGCAGCUGAAGAAGAAGAAGCGGAUGAUGGUGAAGAAGGUUCUGAACAUGAAUAUGUUGCAUAUUAAUUUUAAGAUAAUAAUAAUAUAUAUUUCAUCUUUUUAUUCUCAAUCAUAAAGUAUUUACAAAAAACAAAUUAUAUCUCUUAGUUUUAGCAUUUUGACAUAUUUAAAGUGAAAACAUUAAAUGUUCUCUGUAUUUAAAUAAUAUAUUAUAUUAUUACAGUAUAAAUUUAAGCAUUAUACUAUGAAACUAAUAUAUGUUGUAUAUAUUAUAUUAUAUUGCAAAAUGAUUUUUCAAUUUAAAAUAAAACUGCUACACCCGAAAA